AUGCCUGAAUUCAGUGCUGAAUUCCUUAUUCAGAAUGAGAAUCUCUGGAAGUCAGCAGUAGAAUCAUUGCUAAACACAACAAUUCUAUCUGAAAGAGAUGAAAAGUGGGGCAAAUUCAUUCUUCAUGAUAUUCCAGUUGAAAUUUUUGACUGUGAAGAAGGAAUGCUACUUCUCAAAAAUGAAUUAGAAGAAUACAACUCCAUUCAACUGAGAAAGGAGCCUGUAUGA